AUGUGGACAGGAAAUGAAGGGGCAAACACCGGUCAGAAGAUUAUCACAGUAGUCCAGAGGAGGGAUUUUGCGGCUCUGUAUUAUGUAUUAGCAAGUGUUUCUCAGAUGUGUGCCAGUGAGGGUCAUUUCCAAGAUGGAGCUGAGAGGGCUUGGGAUGAGUCUGCUCCAACAGACAAACAGUGUAAAGCGGAGGCAGCCCAGGGCACUUACUCAACCUCAGCUGUUCCUGGCUCCCAGGAGGUGUUGUACAUCAACGGAAAUGGGACCUACAGUUACCAUAGUUACAGAGGGCUCGGAGGGGGGCUGCUAAAUCUGAAUGAUGCAUCUAGUAGUGGACCCACUGAUCUCAGCAUGAAGAGGCAGUUGGCAACCAGCUCAGGAUCAUCUAGCAGUUCAAGCUCCAGACCUCAGCUGAGUCCAACUGAAAUCAACGCAGUGAGACAGCUGGUUGCGGGAUAUCGAGAAUCCGCCGCAUUUUUACUGCGUUCCGCAGAUGAACUGGAAAAUCUUAUUUUACAACAGAACUGAGUCCGACAACGAUCCUCUUCACUGAGGUCGAAAUUUGCAGUUUCCACUAAUGACAUUUUGAUUUCCCAGCAGAGAUGCAUCUGGUCUUAACUGCACAGUCUUAAGAGAAAUACUUCCAUUAUGCCACAUUGUCCUUGAUCCAUAAAGUGAUGUGUUUCGGUGCUUCAAAGGAACCCUGGCCUCUGAAGUACUUGAGAUACGUUAAUGUGUCCAGCCUACUGCUUUUUGUUUCGGGUGUGCCCGCAAAAAUAUCUGGGGCAAAAAAAAAAAAAAAAAAAGAGGCUGUGUAUUCCUAAUUCAAGGAUAAAACAGAAGAAGCUUGUGGUAUAAAAAAUAGUUCAAAGUCCAGCUGAAAUAUUAGUGGAAUUUGCUACUGACUUACUGGACUGAAAGCUGCAGUAUCUGGAAAAAAAAUAAAAUAAAAGCCAAAAUUUCUUGUUGCUACAGGAUAUAGCAAUGAAAAGGAUCUUGUAUUUUAAAAAAAAUGUAAUUUUUAUAAAAAGAAAACUUGUUUUUUCAUUCAGAAUUGUCAUUUUUACUUUGGUAACUUUUUCAUAGGUCCUAAAAGAAAACUGUUUUGAGAAACUACUGUACCUUUUCCACAUCCCUUUGCCUUCUCCCCUUUCCAAAUUCUUUCUACAAAAAUAACACUUGAUGCUGGGAGGGAAAAAAAAAAGAUUCCCUUACCUAUGUUCUUUAAAUCGUCACAUCAGGAACUACUUCCAAGAGAAGCUUGCAUUCUGCACUCAUGCUGCUCUCAAGCAUUCCACUCAGCACUGCAGCUUUACCAUAGCGGUUUCAACACAGAAUUUUUUUAAUAUUCAAAAGAGACAUAUCAUUGAAAAAAAAACACACCUUGAUUUCUUACAGCUGCUCUCCCGGAUUGCCGCUGCUGUCUUACAGGCAUCCUUCUAGCAGCCACUGGAUGUUGAUGACUGAAUGUUAAAGAGGUUGCAAGUGACAAUCUGAAAAUUUGCACUCGUGUGUGUUGCUUUCUUUUCUCUUUCAGGAAUAGUUUCCAAAAAGAGACAUUACCUCUCCUGAAACGAUUUGUAUAAUUUACACGUGUAGGUAAAAAUGAUGUAAAGGACUCUCAGUGGAGACAGCCGCAACUUACAAUGAACUGUCCCCUCCUCCUCUCUCCCAUAUUUGACCUCCUUAUUUUAUAGUGUUGGAUACACAUGAAUGGUGUUCUCUUUGUGCACUGAGGCAAGUCUAUUUUUAAAAUAUUUAGGGAGGAGUACAUCCGUUUACGCUUCUUGUACACUUUUUCUGUUGUUUAGCCUUGGUUGGAUUACAGAUUCUUUGUGCAUUCCUGAAUUUGCCUUAUUUCAUGUAAAAUUUAUGUCAUUUGGGUUUUGAUAAGUUUAAGGCAUCAGUGACAUUUCUUAACUACUUGUUACAUAUAGUUUUUCAAGUAAUGACUGUGGUUGUGACCAAGUAAUGUGCACUUUUUCUUGUAACUGUGGACAUUGCUAUGCUUUUUUCUUCUAGUGUUUCUAGAAUUAUGGUUCCUUACAGUUAUGUAAACAAAAAAACAAACAAAAAAAAACCUUUUGUGAUACUGUUGGUGAAUAUAAUGUGAAAAUCUUAUUGAAAUAUGAGUAUUUUGGAAAUACAUAGAUGCACAAACAUCUUUUAAGGUGUGGAUUUAGAAUUUGCUUAUUUAAUUGAAAAUUCAAAAUAUUGAGGGCUGGUAUAAUUUUCUGUUUUGUUGGGUUUAAUAAACAGAUUUCUGUGUUAAAA